AUGAACACAACCACCAUCAACCCCUCCUCCCCCUCGACCAAGCUUCUCAAGCAAUACCUCUCCCUAACCACCCACCUCUCGCCCUCCUCCUCGACCCUCACACUCGAAUACCAAACCGACGACACCUCCGACACGAACGACGCCGCAGAAAUAGGCGAAGGCUGCUGCGCCACAAUCUACGCCCUCUCCCCCUCCUCCAUCGCCAAAGUCGCGAAACCAAACAAGCAGAACGAGCUCUGGAACGAUUUCGGCGCGCACCUAUCCGUCUACGAGGCCAUCUCCGCGACACCCACCGCCACACUGGUGCCGAAGCCAGCGUACUACCUUCACGUACAAGACGUAACCACCUGGCGCGCGGCGCAGGCCAAGAAGAUACCCAGCCGCGAGCCGAACGACGUCCUCUGCGCCGAGCGCAUCCCGCCCCUGCCGCAGGUCAUCCGCAGAUCACUUGUUGACGUAUUCUGCCCGAAAGAACAGACGGCGGAGGUGCUCGAAAACAAGAAGAAUGACGCUUGUCUGAUGAGGUUGUACCUCGGACGCAGGCGGCCGAGCAGCGUUCACACACAAGGCAAGUUUUCCCUGCGGAAUUUUGAGCUCACGCUCGACAAGAUGAAGCUGCUCGGUCUCGACGCGAUGCAGUUCGUCGCGCCUAUAGCGGAGGCCUUGGCGGUGGUGCACUGGCAGGCGGGGAGCGACGGGCGCGACAUCGAGUUCGUGCUCGGUGGCCCGCCGGAAAGGAGGAUCUCUGCCGAGGGUUUUAGAGUGCUCGACGGCAAUGUUCACACGCAGAUGGUCACGACGUGGAGGAAGGCUGGGACAGUGGACGGGGUAGCGGACUUGCAGCAGAGCACCGUCUGCGUCUGGUUGUUGGAUUUUAACCAGUGUUCUAGGAUCAAGGCGGAUGCGCAAGGGGUUCAAAUGGCGGCGGACGCGUAUUGGGAUAAUGACCCGUAUUAUCCACGGCCCACAAAGGACGGCGACAACGACAGCACCGAAGGACAGGUCUGGAGGGAAUUCAAGACGGUGUAUUUGGCAAAGGGUAGGGCGAUACUUGGAGAGGGCGCUACGCAGCCGGUGGACUUCAUUGACUCUCUUGAAGCCAGAGGACAAGAGAGACAGCAGGGCUUGGUCAUGGUUGGGCCCCCCAAGGCAGCAAGCGCUGGGCCAGGGAGUAACUCCAAGAAAAAGAAAGGCAGGGAGUAUGUCGGUUUCUGA